AUGCUGGCCACAAGGUUAGCGUGUCUCCGGAUCAUCCCUUCCACGACUUUCUGCCCAACUUUCACCAAAGCCUCCCCACUUCUGAAGAAUUCCAUCACAAAGAAUGCAUGGCAUCUAAAACACAGCAGGGACUAUGCCACCAAGACAAGAAUUGGUUUUCGGCGUGGGAAGACUGCUCAGGAGUUCAAAGAGGCAGCAUUGGAACCAUCAAUGAAUAAAGUACUUAAAAUUGAUCAAAUGGGAAGAUUGAUUGUGGCUGGAGGGGCUAUUGUUGGUCUUGGAGGUUUAUGCUACUACGGCUUGGGAAUGUCUAAUGAGAUGGGAGCUAUUGAAAAGGCUGUGAUUUGGCCUCAGUAUGUAAAGGAUAGAAUUCACUCUACUUACAUGUACCUAGCAGGAAGUAUUGGUUUGACAGCCCUGUCUGCCUUAGCAGUGACUAGAACUUCUAUGCUCAUGAACUUCAUGUUGCGAGGCUCUUGGGUGACAGUUGGUGCAACUUUUGCAGCCAUGAUUGGAGCUGGAAUGCUCGUGCGAUCGAUUCCAUAUCACGAGAGCCCAGGCCCAAAGCAUCUUGCUUGGUUACUACAUUCAGGUGUGAUGGGGGCAGUGGUGGCUCCUCUGACCAUACUAGGGGGGCCUCUCCUUAUCAGAGCAGCGUGGUACACAGCUGGCAUCGUUGGGGGCCUCUCCACUGUGGCCAUGUGCGCUCCCAGUGAGAAAUUCCUCAAUAUGGGCGCACCUCUGGGGGUGGGGCUUGGCCUCGUCCUUGUGUCCUCCCUAGGAUCUAUGUUUCUUCCACCAACCUCUGUGGCCGGAGCCACUCUAUACUCAGUAGCAAUGUAUGGUGGUUUAGUUCUUUUCAGCAUGUUCCUUCUAUAUGACACCCAGAAAGUAAUCAAGUGUGCAGAAAUAACACCAACAUAUGGAGCACAAAAAUAUGAUCCUAUCAAUUCGAUGAUGGGAAUCUACAUGGAUACACUGAAUAUAUUUAUGCGAGUUGCCACUAUGUUAGCAGGUGGAACCAACAGAAAGAAAUGA